UGCUGGUCACACCGGCACAGAUACAUCGCAGAAAAGGUCGCAAUUUUUUUUUGGAGCAGCGCUCACAUUCCGGAAAUUCAGCAAUUUUAAGGCGGAAUUUAAGAAUACCAACACACAUCCCAUCCCCGCACCAAGCAGCAGCGGCACAGGACACAAUAUGGCCAUAGCCGAGCAUGACAACGUUUUCAUUUUUGUGCCAAAUUUGAUCGGCUAUGCCCGCAUCGUUUUGGCCUUGAUCGCCUUCUGGUUCAUGUCCACCAACUAUGUGAUCUCCGGCUGGUGUUAUGUAACCUCCGCCUUGCUGGACGCCGUCGAUGGACAUGCCGCCCGGGCCUUCAAUCAGAGCACUCGCUUUGGUGCCAUGCUGGAUCAGUUGACCGAUAGAUGCGGCACCACUGGCCUGCUGGUCACCCUGGCCUACUUCUAUCCCCGUUACAUGUUCUGGUUCCAGCUGUCCAUUGCCAUCGAUGUGGCCUGCCAUUGGCUGUUCAUGCAGACGAGCGUUGUGGUGGGUCGCAGCUCGCACAAGGUCAACGAGAACUUUAUAAUGCGGCUGUACUAUCAGAAGGACAUACUCACCUUUAUGUGCUGCGUCAAUGAGUUGUUCUACGUGUGCCUGUAUCUUUUGCAUUUCACCUACGGACCGCUGAUAUUUGGAGCCUCGCUCUUCAAGAUACUCGCCUUCCUCACGGGCCCCUUUGCCGUGCUCAAGGCUCUGAUCUCGGUGAUGCAUGCCUAUGUGGCGGGCAUCGAUCUGGCCGCCGUGGAUGUACGCGAGCGGCAGGAGAAGCGACAGAAGGCGGAGCCGGGCAAAAAGCUGGAGUAAAAAUCUUUGAACUUCCAGCGAAAGAAAAUCUUUUGAUUCCAAAAAAAACAGAAAAAGAAACCUUAAGAGAGGACGCAGAGAUCAGAGAUGGGAUGAUGUGAGAUGAGAUGAAGGGCUUUAGGCAACCAAAUAGGACGUGUGUGUGUUAGUAGAAUUUAAAAACUAUUUUUAUGCGCUAUUGCAAGGAUUGUUGACUUUAUUUUGUAUUUUGUUUUAAUUAUUUACGGAAAGCAGCAAUUAUUUUGAAUUGAAAAAUGCAAGAAAUUAAAGCGAUUCGUUCCAGGAAACACAGAAAUGAA